UCGCGACGUCAUUCAGGUCCUUCUCGUGCGGAGAGAGACUACCUAGAGCUGGGAGGCCGCCGCACGUGCAGGCAUUUCCGAGAGCCGGGGAAGUGUGCGGCAGCCGCCGGCGUCCAGCAUGAGGGUGGUGGCGCUCAUUAGUGGCGGGAAGGACAGCUGCUACAACAUGAUGCAGUGUGCCGUGGCAGGUCAUCAGAUCGUGGCUCUUGCUAAUCUGAAGCCUCCGCAGAGUUCAGCGGAUGAACUGGACAGCUAUAUGUACCAGACGGUUGGCCACCAGGCACUGGAUCUUUAUGCAGAAGCCAUGGCUUUGCCUCUGUACCGUGUCACCCUCAGCGGCUCCAGCUUGAACACAGGAAGGGAGUAUAAACCUCAAGAAGGAGAUGAGGUUGAAGAUCUUUAUAGACUGCUGAAAUUAGUGAAGGAGAAGGAGGCUGUUGAUUCUGUUUCCGUUGGAGCUAUCCUGUCUGACUACCAGCGUGUACGAGUGGAGAACGUGUGUCAAAGACUUGGUCUUCAGCCACUUGCCUUCCUCUGGCGGCGAAAACAAGAGGAUCUGUUGAAUGAAAUGAUAUCCAGCGGCUUGCAUGCCAUUCUCAUCAAAGUAGCUGCAUUUGGGUUAGAUCCUGAUAAACACCUUGGGAAAUCGUUAGAAGAGAUGAGACCUCACCUGAUGCAGCUGUCUGCUCGAUAUGGAGUCCAUGUGUGUGGAGAAGGAGGAGAAUAUGAGACGCUGACUUUGGACUGUCCACUCUUCAAGAAGAAAAUAGUUGUUGACUCCUCCGAGGUGGUGAUGCAUUCUAAUGACGCCUUUGCUCCUGUGGCUUACCUUCGCGUGGCAGAGCUUCAUUUGGAGGAUAAGGUUGGAUCUCCAGCACUUGUUUCAGCAGAGUCUUGUCCCUGUGAUACUGUACAUCUUCUGUCUGAUGACACAGCAAUGAAUAGAGAGGUGGAAAAGCAACCUAUGAGUUUUAUCCCCCAGGCACGGCCUUCUGGUAAAAAUUUAGAUAUAGUAGUUCAGCAGUCGUCCCAGUCACUGAAUGGAUUCCGAUGGAUUAGCGAGAUAGCUGCUAGGGGAAGUGAUGUCCGCGAAGUCACUCGCACUGCGCUCUCCUCUUUAAAAGCGCAAGUGCAAGAGCUUAGUCUGGAGAUGAGUGACGCUGUGUUGGUUCACCUGUAUGUCCGAAACAUGGAUGACUUUGCUUCUAUCAACACUGAAUAUGCGGCUCUGUUUCCUUCAUCUCCUCCCGCUAGGGUUUGCGUGCAGUGCUGUCUACCCCAGGAUACCCUCUUGAAGAUGGAUGCUCUCUUUUGGCAGCAGCCUGUUAUUUGCAGUGAAGACUGGCCCCCGGAGAAGAUAGCCAUGCAUGUACAGAGCAUUUCCCAUUGGGCCCCUGCUAACAUUGGUCCCUACAGCCAAGCUGUGCGGGUUGGCGGCGCAGUAUUUUGUGCAGGACAGAUUGCGCUAAUACCUUGCACCAUGCAGCUGAUCCCUGGAGGAAUUAUGGCAGAGAGCAGUCUCUCCCUGCGCCAUGUUGACAGAGUCUUGGAUGCCAUCUGUCCUGGCACUUCCCGAAGUCAUGUUAUGGUUGCCCAUUGCUACGUGACACAGAGCUCCUAUAUACGCUUCGCUCAGAAAGCAUGGGAAUCUUCUGCUGAAAAUGAGGAUGCCCAGCCUGCCCUCACGGUGGCUGUAGUUCCCAGGCUACCACGUGGGGCUGUUGUAGAGUGGCAUGUCAUGGCUUCUGUGAGUGAUCCCGAUGACAGAAGAAAUAUAUCCGUGGCUGAGAGAAGUUCAGGAUUUCAGGUCACACUGAACGGCUCCAUAUCCAGCUGUGAGACAUGUGCCUCCCUCAUACUAUCCCUUUCACGGCCUGCACCUCAGACGGAUUCCUUGGACUGGUGUAAUGUUAGCCAACUUGUGAAGACUGUCCUCCACAAAGCCUUUAAUGAACUUCCAAAAAAUUUCCCCCUCAUACCAGUGUGCUGCAGGGUUUUCUAUCGCACCGACAGUAUGGACUCACAGACCCUCACAGCAGGUUUCCCUGAGAUUCUGAGAGAAGUUUGUGGUGAGAAGUCCCCCUGUCUGGUCUUAGUGCCUGUAAUAGAACUGUCAUUUUCUGAACAUCUGACCUGUUCUAUGUGGUUCAGCUCUUGAUCCUAUGGAAGGGACAUCCAAGUGUCCUGUGGACUUAUACGCACCAGACUCCCCUGUGCGCACAGGAAGGGUGGGGAACCUCUGUCCUGAGGCACUGAGAAGAUAUCAUUGCCAUUGUUCCAUUACUGUGUUUUAUCAUUAUCGAUGUUCUGCACGGCUCCAACAAGGGACCUUUAUGAUGGCAGCUCAAAAGGCUGUACCAGCCUACCAUUCAGAUACGUUAAGGUGACCAUUCAGUCAUGAUUAGCAUUGUGAGGGAAUUGCAAAAAUUAUCAGAUUUAAACCUGAUGUUAACAAUUAAACCCCUUAAAGACCAGGCCAAUUUUCGUUAUUAUGCGGGUCAGU